CGCGGGGACGCGGGGACGCGGGGCGGUGGGCGGUGGGCGGUUGGGCCCUGCGGAGUCAGCCUUUUCCCCGGGACACCCGCUCCCCUGCCCCGCCCCUUCCAAUCCGGGGUCCAGCUCUCCCCCUUCUGUGGCACCGAUGCCCGGCCUUCAAGCAGCCCGGCCACGUCCAGUGGUUCUCCCUGGCUCCCUGCAGUCUCUGCCCUGGUUAUUAUAACCUGGCCCCUCUGGGCUUGAUUCUGUAGCAAGAAUGUCACUUUAUUUAAAGUUAAGAACCUACUGGGCAUUGCUAUCACGGCCAUUUAAUGGACAUCGACCAAGAAUUACUACAGUGCCAAGUACCACAGGGACUAAAGGAGUAGGAACAGUUUGGUCGUUAGGUCCACUGGGUGGCAGCCUUUCUUGCUUUGUUUUCAGACUUUAAGAAACAAUAUACAACCAACAUACGGAAAAGUGCCCAGAUCCCGAGUCCCACCACCACUUUUCUCAGGCUUUCUUGUGUAACCUGCAUCCAGAACAAUGGAGACACCAAGACCUAGGAAGACUGUUGAAGGCCAUGGUCAUCAGGAAGUGCAAAGCCAUGCAAUCCACCUGUAGUCGGCAGUCUUUACCAUUUUAUGACAUUGUUUCCCAAGCUGACUGGAUGGCUGUUCCAUGGAGUUAAGACUGGAUCUCUUCUUUCCCACCAUUCCCCCAAUGCCUGCACUUUCAUGGUUAGUUUGGAGGCCUACACUAUGGCUUCAUCCUCCUCCAUCCCGGCCUCCCCCACUCAGUCCAAGAAGCCUCGAGACAAGAUAGCUGACUGGUUCAGGCAUGCUCUGUUGAAGAAGCCCAAGAAGAUGCCAGUCUCCCAGGAAAGCCACCCCAGUGAUGGUUCUCAGACAGCCACACAGGAUGGUCCCGAGAGCCGCAGCUCACCCCCGAGUCACAGUUCACCCCAGAGCUGCAGCUCACCCCCGAGCUGCAGUUCAAGAAUGUCACUUACCUCGCCACCAACACACGUGGACAGCAGCAGCAGCAGCAGCAAUGGCCGCUGGAGCAAAGACUACGAUGUCUGUGUGUGCCACAGUGAGGAGGACUUAGAGGCGGCCCAGGAGCUGGUCUCCUACUUGGAGGGUAGCAAGGCCAGUCUACGCUGCUUCCUGCAGCUUCGGGAUGCAACCCCAGGUGGCGCCAUUGUUUCGGAGCUAUGCCAGGCGCUGAGUAGCAGCCACUGCCGCGUGCUGCUCAUCACUCCAGGCUUCCUUCGGGACCCCUGGUGCAAGUACCAGAUGCUGCAGGCCCUGACAGAGGCCCCGGGGGCGGAGGGUUGCACCAUACCCCUGCUAUCCGGCCUGACCAGAGCCGCCUAUCCGCCGGAACUCCGAUUCAUGUACUAUGUGGAUGGCAGAGGCCAGGACGGGGGCUUUUACCAAGUCAAGGAGGCUGUUAUACACUAUCUGGAGACACUCAGUUAACACUUAAGCUUUCAUAAGAAAAGCUGGAAAUAGCUCACAGCAGUCCUUAGUCCAGUAUAUGGCAGGAGGCAUCAGGAGCCAGAGCCAGGUGCACUCUGUUCAUGACAGGAUCAGAUUACCACCAGCUUCCAUUACUGUGGGCUCCACAAAACAGCCAAGCAGAAGAUGGGAACCACCCCGAAAGGAGACCAGGAAGAAGAUGGGGACUCCCCAAGAAGGGCUGGAGGAAACCAGGGACUCCCCCAGGAAGACAACGAGGAAGUCAGAAAUUUGAGUUGUCAAGAGACUGUGCUAUCAGGAAGGUCAGCAGCGGCUCAUCUGCUGCUUAACUGGAUAGGAAGCUGACACAUGGCUGUCUUCUUCCCCGGGUAUCAGGCACUGGGGGAAAUAGGUACCAUUCCUCAAGAGGGAUGAACCUGAUUGGUGAGCCAGAAGUUGCCCAGGGAAGCUGGUAAGAGGUGGCAAAUAUCUGGUCCUACACAUACACACUACCACAUUUCUUUCCCAGAGAUGUCAACUCACUUCACAAAGCUGGAUGACACAUUCAGCCCCACACUGAAUUUCACCUAUUGAGAAAGUGUCAUUAAAAAUGCAACCCUACGGACUUUGGGGACAGGGGUUCAGUGGUUAAGAACUCUUGUUGCUUUUGCAGAGGAUCAAUUCCCAUAAUCCACAUGGUGACUCACAACCGUAUCUAUAACUCUACUUCUAGGGGAUCUGAUGUCUUCUCUGACCAGGACCUCCUUGGGCACCAGGUACACAUUCGGAGCACCUCUACAGAUGUAGGCAAAACAACCAUACACAUAAAUCUUUUUUAAAAUUAGAAGUGCAAACCUAGGACUCUUGAUGGAGUCCGUGGUAGAACGCUUGCUUAGCAUGCCUGAGGGCUUGGAUUCUACCUCCAGCACCACCAAAAGAAAAAAGAAAACACAAACUGGAAGCCACUCUGGAUAUGUGAACAGGUAGGGAGAAGAAAAGCUAAGGUGUAGGGCUCAGCUCCUUCACCUGCAUCAAAACCAACAGAUCAUGGGACCCAUGGGGCCUCCUCGGACAUCUGCGAGAGCCCAUGUGUCACAGCACCUGGCUUUGUGUUGAACUGAGAGGAACUGGUUCUCAAUCUAACACCAGAUUAUAUCCCCAGGGAGGGACAAGGGGUCAUCUGUGUUCUCAAUAAGAAUAGAAACAUGGUCAGCUGAAUGUCCUUGUCUCCCCUGGUGUAUACCUUUAGCCUCUUCCUUUUGACAUCUUUUUACUGAAAAAAAAAGUUUUUAAAUUAUGGGUUUUUUUUGUUACACACAAAAUAGCUAAAGGAUACUAUUCCAUACUCCUGCACUUGCCACCUAACUUAAAGGCCUUACUACCA